AUGGCAUUGCCAGAGGAGCAUCUUGCAAACGCACAAGAGCAGGUCUCGCCUACACUCCUUCCCGCCUCGCACCUCUCCGCUGACCCUCAACACCAACUCCACGCUCCUUCCUCUGCGUCGCCGAUUGCACGUACGACCCGACCUCACUCCCUAGACUACACGCCAUCACAGGACACAGCUCCCAUCCCACAAUCAUCGUCGCACCCGGUCAGACACGUCGCAGCUGUCUCGGAGUCGUCUUCAACCGUGGCUGCUCCCGGUCCAAAGAGCAAUCCCUCUCGCCAGGCGCCAUCUUCUACCUCGCUCGAGCAGCCUCUCGACCCGAAGAGCUCGACUUCAGGGUCCGCGUCUCCCCCUCCCGCCUCCCAGCAUACACCCUCCAGCCCCGCGGUAGGCGAUCUGGAUCCCCAGGCACCUGGCUCCACGCUCCGACUGCGAAAGACUGCAGCGACACACACUGGACCGGACGCUCUCGAGGACGGAGCAAAUCCAGCUUCUGCCGACGAGAAGCAUCAUCAGCACAACAUGUUCGGCAGCACACCUACCGCAUCGUACCUGCCUCUCAACUCGCGGAGGCAGAUCGGUCCCCAAACUUCAUCCCAUCUCGUCUCAUGGCUCGCCAAACACAAGGGCUUCGUCGUAUUCGUGCUCGUUUCCAUCAUCGUCACCGUACAGGUCCUGCUUGUCGGUCCAGUUAUUCUUGACCUCGAACCCGUCAAGAAGUUCAGAACAGAAGGCUUGCCAAACAUCACACCGUCAAAGUGGUGGGGAUCGAGCUCCGAAUCGCCUGACUCGUGGUUCCCUUCCUCGAGCGGGGCCACCAACGAGGACGCUGCGCCAGUUCCUACCAAGCCGCUGGGUGGCGAUUCUUUCCCUGCGCCAUUGAGCCAAGUCGGCUUGACCGGCAAGCCCGAGUCCCAAGCCUCGCUCUACAAGGACACCAAUCCGCAUCGAGGAGAGCUUCCCACCUACCUCGAAAGCGUCCUCUCCCGCGAUCCUGUUCACCAACCACCUCCAUGGCCGCACAAAGCGCCUUCCAUCUCACCCGAAAUCUGGAGCACGCGCCUGUGGAAGGAGCAGUCCAAGACCGAGGCGAGCCAAGCUGACCAGCCAGAGAAGCAGCCUCUGGAGCCAGAGUGGCGGCAUUCGCCCUACAACGGCUGGAAGCCCCCGCUCGACGAACUCUCAGCUCAGCCAGCUGAGCCCAUCGCCAAAGUGCAACAUGCCUUCCAGGAUCCCAGCCGGCAUUCGGGAAGCCGUAACGAUGCAGCGCGAGACGAGCUCAUUGCGCGUCGCCAAAAAAUGGUCCGCAAUGCCUUCAUCCAUGCCUGGGAGGGAUACAAGAAGCAUGCUUGGGGACACGACGAACUUCGACCCGUCUCCAAAACCGCCGAGGAUCCCUUCAACGGUUGGGGCGCUAGCAUUGUCGAUGCUCUCGACACUUUGCUCGUCAUGAAUCUGCCGAAAGAGUACGAUCUGGCAAGACAGCAUGUGCGCGACAUCGAUUUCCGUCUGGUGGGAGGAUCUCGUAGCGCCUAUGGGAAUGCGGAUGGGCGCAUCCCGGUCUUCGAAACCGCCAUUCGCUAUCUCGGCGGCUUCCUGUCAGCGUACGACCUGAGCGGCGACGUGCUCAUGCGCGACCGUGCCGAAGAGCUGGCUCAACUCAUCCUUCCCGCCUUUGAUACGCAGACGGGCGUGCCCAACGGCAGGAUACGAAUGAUGGAGACGCCCGAACUCCCCAACACACGUCCACAAUCCCAAGGCGGCGUCUUGCUCGCCGAAGCGGGCAGCUUGCUCCUCGAGUUCACCCGCUUGUGGCAGGUCACCGGCAACCGCACUUACUUUGACCGCGUACAGCGUACCACCGAUUGGCUCGAUCACAACAUGACUCAAGCAGGUCGCAUCGAGACGCUGUUCCCCACCACCCUUUAUCCGGAGCGCAACAUAGCCUACGGCGCCAUCACAUUCGGCGGCAUGGCCGACUCGUACUACGAGUAUCUCAUCAAGGAGCACCAAUUGCUCGGUGGCCGCUUGAAGCAGUACGGGCGCAUGUACUCGCAAGCCAUAGAAGGAGCCAAGAAGCUGCUCAUCUCGCGAAUCGAUACGGUGCCAGGCGUAAGUCUAACGACGAUCGGCGAGAUCUCCGGCUCCAGGUACGUCGCCAAGCUCGAGCACCUUGCUUGCUUCAGCGGAGGCAUGUUGGGACUGGGUUCGCGCGUCAUGACGGAACGCGCCGACGAUCUCGACAUCGCAAAAGGGGUCACGGGCACCUGCUGGUGGGCGUACAACAGCUCGGCCACCGGCAUUGGGCCCGAGAAUCUCAUCUUCUACACCAACGACGACGAGGAGCGCUUCGAGCUGAUCAACCAGCCUGAUGGGACAACGCGACGGGGCAAGCCGCGUGGUCAUCCCAUUGUCGGCGUGCGCAGUGCCAUGACGAGCUAUUUGAACCGACCCGAGACUAUCGAGUCGGUGCUGUACAUGUGGCGAAUCACAGGCGAUCCGGUAUGGCAGGAGCGUGGAUGGCAGAUGUUUGCCUCUUGGGUGACCCACUGCAUGACCGAUGUCGGCUUCAGCGCCAUCUACGACGUCACCCGCACGCCGGCAUCUUGGUCGGACAGCAUGGAGAGCUUCACCUUUGCUGAGACGUUCAAAUACUACUAUUUGCUCUUCUCGCCGCCGGAGCUCCUCUCGCUCGACGAGUACGUGUUUACCACCGAGGCGCAUCCACUGCUGGUGCCCAAGGAAGGCAAGUGGGCACAAGCCGGACACGGAAGCAAGAAGUUCUGGGACCCAGAGGCGGGUGCAGACACGCACAUUCCAUCGCACGAGUCGGGCAUCUAUCCUGGCGGUGAGAUGGGUCAAGUAGGCGGUCUGACCAACAACCAGAAGCAGAUGCUCUGGGCGCAGUGGCAGAGCAAGAACUCGGCUCACAAGAUCCGCGACCUGAUCCAAGGGUUGGGCGGAGACACGCUCAAAAACAAGCUUCGUAGCUUGGUGGAGCGCGGAGACUCGCCAUCGGCGUCCGAUGUCAAUGCGAGCGAAGGAGAGACCCAAAAGACGCCUGCACAGGCACAGCUCGACACUCGUCAAGAUCGGUUGAUGGCGUCGGUCGCCGGCACUUCGAUCUAUGCAACUACAGAUGGCACGCUGGAGGUGGAGUUUGCACAGGACUUGGACGCAGCUACGCAGCAAGAAGUCCUCCAACAGCUGGAAGCCAAUUUUGAGACGCUGAAUGCUGAUUCUGCGGCAUCGCUGCUGCGAUCUGUCGACGCGAUUCGGGCCGCGGAAGAGGAAGCGGAGAACUUGCUAGCGGAGCAAGCGGCGCAUUUCGCCCGGUUGAGGUCGAAGGGAAUUCGUUGA